UGGCUAGUGAGACAAACACAAGGGAGCAAUUCUGAUUCUCAAGAGAAUAUUUGUGGCGUAAACUCUACAGAUCUUGGAUUCACUAUUGGGAGAAAGACAGAGGGAUGGAGGAGACGACGUCGUCAUCGUCGGAGAAGGAGAAUAUGAAAAUUAAGAAAAAGGAGGCGUUGGGGUGGAUGGAGUGGCUGCGAGGCUGGAUGUACCUAGCACAGGAGAUGCUGUUCCAGAGGAUCAUGGCCAGUCACUUGCACAACCCGCUCCCUCUCCCUCCUAUCAACGACCUCACCUGCAUUGUUACUGGUUCUACCAGCGGUAUCGGUCGCGAAAUCGCCAGGCAGUUGGCGCAGGCUGGAGCGCACGUUGUUAUGGCAGUUAGGAACAGAAAGGCAGCUCAAGAGUUGAUACAGAAGUGGCAAAAUGAAUGGUCUGGAAUGGGCCUCCCUCUCAAUAUUGAGGUAAUGGAGCUUGAUCUUCUCUCCCUAGAAUCAGUUGUGAGAUUUGCUGAAGCAUGGAAUGCACGUUUGGGACCUUUGCAUGUUCUUAUUAAUAAUGCAGGGAUAUUUUCCAUUGAAGAAUCACAGAAAUUUUCAAAAGAUGGGAAUGAAGCACACAUGCAAGUGAAUCAUCUGGCUCCAGCAUUGCUCUCAUUAUUGCUUUUGCCAUCCCUAAUCAGAGGAUCUCCAAGCCGAAUUGUUAAUCUGAAUUCUGUAAUGCAUUAUGUUGGCUUUGUUGACCCAGAGGACAUGAACAUCGUUUCUGAAAAGAGAAAAUACACGAGCUUAGUCGGAUACGCAAGCAGCAAGUUAGCUCAGGUUAUGUUCAGUAGCGUUCUGCAUAAGCGUCUGCCUGCUGAAUCUGGCAUUUGUGUGCUAUGCGUAUCACCUGGAAUUGUGCAAACAAAUGUGGCGAGGGAUCUUUCUAAAAUUGUACAAGCUGCUUAUCAUCUCAUUCCCUAUUUUGUCUUUAGCCCCCAAGAAGGUUCCAGGAGUGCUCUUUUCGCAUCAACUGAUCCUCAGGUUCCAGAGUACUGUGAGUUGUUAAAAUCAGAUGAAUGGCCUGUUUGUGCAUUCAUUUCUCAAGAUUGUCGACCCACAAAUCCUUCAGAAGAAGCUCACAAUAUCAAGACUUGUUAUGAAGUGUGGGAGAAGACAUUAGAGAUGGUUGGCCUUCCUCUGGACGUUGUAGAGCGGCUAUUGGAGGGAGAAGAAAUCAAAUGCCGUUAUGGGGUUAGUGAGGAGUAGUUUCCACUUAUCAUCACACAAGGAAAUCACAGGAACUCCCCAGUUGAUGCCAAAUGCCUAUCAUCCAUGAAGGUGAUUGCAAAGUGAAGGUCACUCUAUUGUAUGAUGAAAUGGAAGUAGAUAUAAUAAGACCUCAGUUAGAUACUUGGAUCAAGUUUACGUUGGCUGUUGUUUUGUUUGCUUAGCCUUUUAUUGAUGCCGUGACCUUUAUUGUCUGCUUCUAGCUAAAUUAAACUUCUCUCCCCUCUCA